GUACAAUUAUGAACACGAUGAAAACGUUACAAUGUCAAAACUCUGUCAUAGUUAGUUUCCGCCUAUGACAAAGCCCACGUGAGACCUGCGCGAGCUUUACUUUCGGACUACUUUACAGCGUGUGACGCAUAAGUUACUAAUACGGCGGAGUGAUCUGCACUCGAGAUCUGCAAGAUCUCGAGCUGAGACAGACAGCUAGCAGACAAAAUUCAUGCCUGUGGUAAUAUUAAUAAGGUAGUGGAGUUUUUGUCGUUUAUUAGCCAAAAUUAGGGGCAAAAAUACUGAGACAGCCGGGACCAUGGAAAGAAAAAGCCUACCUGUUAAGCGUAUUCUCAACAAGCCGCAGAUAUUCCGCGGCAGCCCUCACGCUGAUGUGAAUGCCGGCCACUCCCGGGGCGAACAGUCACUCCUGAUCAAAGGGCAGCGCAGCAGGCACAACCAUCUCUAUGACAUCAGCCAUCAAAUAAGGGCUAAGCCUGAUUUAAACACAACGCUGCCAGUUCGACAGACAGCUUCCAUCUUCAAACAGCCAGUGACCAAAGUAACAAAUCACCCCAACAACAAGGUGAAGACGGACCCCCAGAAGGCUGUGGAACAACCAAAACAACUGUUCUGGGAGAGGAAGUUGAGCGGGUUAAAUGCAUUCGAUAUAGCAGAAGAGCUGGUCAAAACGAUGGAUCUCCCCAAAGGCUUGCAGGGGGUGGGGCCUGCAUGUUCAGACAAAACACUGCUCUCUGCGAUCGCCAGCGCCCUGCACACCAGCCCGGCGCCCAUCACUGGACAGCUCACUGCUGCGGUGGAGAAAAAUCCAGGAGUCUGGCUCAACACUGCGCAGCCUCUCUGCAAAGCCUUUGUAGUGACUGAUGAUGAUAUUAGGAAGCAGGAGGACCUGGUGCAGAAUGUGAGGAGGCGGCUCGAAGAAGCCCUUAUGGCUGAUAUGCUGGCUCAUAUAAAAGACACCGCUGCAGACGUAGAAGCAGAGGUGAAGGGUGAGCAGGUGGAGAAGGAGGAGUUAUAGCCAAGACUUGUUUGAGACUUUUGCUGGUAAAGUCUUUUCAAUGCUCGAAUUAACGGCUCCAUGAAGGUUUGUAUGCAGUUAAACUGAAGCAGACUUUAUAUGCAGACAUUCUGCAGAUUUUUUUUUCCUAACCUAAACAAAGACUGUGGUCUUUAAUUUUUUUGUUUUUUAAACAUAUGACCGUAUAAUCCUGUAAGGGUGCUCUGAGUUUUCAUUUUUACCUCUACUAAAGUCCGGCAGCUGGUUAUGGUGCUCUACACAAUGCAGUGUUAUGUUUAGUUAACAGCUGUUUAAGCUCAGUGUUGAAAACGCAAACCUUUAUGUACACGACUGAUCUGUGUGUGUGUGUGUGUUACAUAUAAAUUGGUUUUAAGAAGUGUUUUUAUUUCCUGCUAUUGCUUUUUAUGUUUUACUGACACUGUAAGUUAGCAUGUCAUGUUUGAAAGCAUAGAAAUGCAGCAGUAUUUUUACAUGGCUCUGGAUGAUGAUGAUUACAGUUUCACGGUUCAAACUUUUUCUUUUUCUUUUUUUUUUUGGUCACAAUAAUUUGAGUUUACAUAGCUUUGAACAUGAAGCCAUGGUAUUUGUAUUUUCACUAUUCUUUGAACAACUACUAUUGCAUUUCAGUAAAAGGUGCGUUCCCUCAGAUCAUACAAACACACUGCUGAUGUACUGUUUUCUGUCAAAU